ACGAUAAAAUUUUAUACCCAGAAAUAUAUAAAGAAUGUCAUCUUAUCUAACUCAUUGUUUGAGCAAUUGUACAGAAUCAUGUUUGAACAUAUAAUAAUUUAGAUACUGGUAAAUGAUUCAUUGACUAAAAAAAUAUGCUUGUCCACCUUAGGGGGUUUCAUUUUUCUACCAAUCAAAAUGUUAGUUUUAAAACAAGGUUUGUAACUCUUAGCAACAGACGAGCAUUGUAAUAUGGCGAAUAUUUAGCAAGUGUGCGAAAGUUUGAAAACUCAGUUGUGAAACAUGUCAACUUCCAAGACUCGUAAAAACCAAUAUCUCAAUCCAGGUGUCAGCCAAGCUACAGCUAGCACCGCAUCAAGGAAGGGAAAUCCUGGUGCUUCUGUGAAUAAAAGUAAAUAUGGAGGAACAGGGACCAUGUAUGCUAGUUCCCGGUCCAGGACAAACAUCUUAUCAUCGGCUGGCAAGAGGAGUGUGACUCAUGGUGAAAAGACAGUGGCCAAACCACCUGUUCAGGUAUUGGAUGAAGCUGGUAAUGAUGUGACUCCUCUGCCCCUGCUGCACUCAGACCCCUCAGCAGUAAAGAAGAACCAGGGCAACAUUCUGGCAGACAGCUCUGCUGGGACACCCACAGAUCUGAUGUCUCAAGCCUCCAUAUACAACACAGGAAAUGUCACAGCCAGUACUUUUGGAGGUGGACCUUUCACUAGGUCUGUGUUCAGUGCCUCUCAAGGUACUGCUUCUGAUUCCAUGAUUGGAGAGGACAUCACUGAACCCUCACAAGACAUGUCCUCAGCAUGGGCAGAAAUUCGACACAAGCGAGAGGAAGUGAAGGAGACCUUGACUGAUGCAGACCUGGAGAAGGUGGUCAACCUGACACUAACUGAGACAGAGACAAUCUGGCUGCUGGACAUGCCGGGUACAUCUGUGUCUAACGAGGCAGAGGAGGCAGCCAGCAUUAAAAAGAGGAAUGAGGAGUAUCAGGAGUUACAGAAGAACCGUGUGGGGAAUGAUAGAUAUAUGGAGAGGGGAAUGAACACGUUUAAUGAACCAGCAAAAUACAAAACUGUUCAGACAUCAAAGAUCAGCUGUGUUGACACUGGCAUCAUGGCUACCACAUGGGACAUGUACGACACAUUUGAACAGAGAGACCAAGAAAUCAGAGCCAAAGAGAAAGAGGAUGAUGAAGAGGGAACGAUUAGCCGCCCCAGCAGUCCUAAGGAAACUGAGGAGGGUAAAGGCGACUCAAAACCACAGAGUGGGGAACAAACCGGACUGGUCCGUGAAGAGAGUCGAGCUACGAUGGCGUCAUCCAUGGCAGGAUCAGAGAGUGUGUUUGCCAGCAGGGAGACAGGAGUGUCCUCCAUUCCCAGUGAACUGUCAGCUGUAGAGGAAGACAGAAUCUUUAAGUCAGAGAAUUUCCAGAGAGAUUUAUUUAUCAUGGAGCGGGUUGUCAACUUAAAUACUUACCAACCUAAGCAAGCAUUAUACAGAAAUUUCACCAUAAUACCAGACGUAGACAGAGAGAUUACAGAGCUGGGAGAUAAACAGGUCAGCAUGGUCAGUGAUAUGGGUCCAAACUUUGACCGCCUCUGGUCCUACUCCUGUAAAUUGACCAGUGGACGCAACAUCAGUUGUAUGUCCUGGAACAAGCUCAACCCAGAUCUGGUUGCUGUCGGCUAUGGAGAAUUUGAAUUUUCAGAUCAGAAGUCAGGCUUGAUAUGUUGUUGGUGCCUUAAGAAUCCCGAUUACCCUGAGAGAGUGUAUGCUUGUAAAGAGGGUGUCACAGCCAUAGAUUUCUCUAAAGCCUACCCCAACCUCCUGGCCGUGGGGAUGUACGAUGGAGGGGUAGCUAUUUAUAAUGUAGCCAGCAUGAAGGAUGAACCCAUUAUAGACAACUUCCACACCCCGGGAAAGCACACCGCCCCUGUGUGGCACAUUAAGUGGAUUGAAAAGGAGCGUGGAUCUGGGGAGGAAACCUCGGAGGUGGUGGUUUCUAUCUCCACUGAUGGCCGCGUCACACAAUGGUCGAUCAGAAAGGGAUUUGAGUGCUAUGACAUUAUGAAGCUAAAGAGAACACCUACAAAGUUUGGAGGGAAGAAAGAAAAGAAGGGCGAGGCCUUUAUUUCUAGACAUGCUGGAGGGAUGUGCUUUGACUUCCACCCCAAGGAGGCAAAUAUAUAUGUUGCAGGGACGGAAGAAGGUCAUAUUCAUAAAUGUUCUUGUUCAUAUAAUGAACAGUAUUUAGAGACUUACAAUGGCCACACAGGUCCUGUGUACAAGAUAGAGUGGUCUCCCUUUGUCAAUGAUAUCUUCCUGAGCUGUAGUGCGGACUGGAGUAUUCGACUGUGGCACCAAGAGAGGACCCAGCCUGUCCUGAACUUUUUCUCAUCCACGAAAUCAGUGUAUGAUGUUGUCUGGUCUCCUAAAUCCUCCACGGUGUUUGCCUGUGUGAAUGAGGGCGCUGUAGAAGUGUGGGACCUUAGUGUCAGCACGUUAGAUCCAAUCAUCACGAAUAAUCCCACAUCAGGUGCCAAAAAGACUGCUGUCUCCUUCUCCAAGAACUCAGAUUGUAUUCUUGUUGGGGACAGUAAAGGAGAGCUGACUGUUUAUCAGCUCAGAAGUAUGGCAGAUCCUCCAGCAAAUCAGGAGGAGGCAUUGAGGAAUGUGAUUAAAGCAUCUCUGGCCAGUCAACUCCAACAGGACCUCAAAAAGAAGGAGGAGGAGGCAAAGGAACUGGAGCAGGAGGUCGAUGAGGAGAUCUAGACCUAGAGGUCAGCAUGCCCAGAGACGAGGAGCCACCACACCGAGCUGGACAGUGUGGACAUUGACAAGGAAUUUAUUAAUGUGAAAGAAGACACUUCUUGUGUAUUUGUGUUACUCUGAUGACCGUAACGAGGGAGACAUUAUUUUUACACAGACUGUUUGUGUAUACUUAAUUGUAAUUCUUGACAAAAUGAUCUGAAGAAGGAGAUUUAUUUUAUAAUGGGGAAUCCGUCCAAUCUUAUUUUGUGAUAUUAAAACCAAAAUAUUGUUUACUGUAUUUCUCAUGUUAUUUUUAUAAAGAGACAGAAAUGAA